GCUUCCCUGGAAAAGACAAAGCAGAGGCUGCAGAACGAGGUGGAAGACCUGAUGAUUGAUGUGGAGCGAACAAAUGCUGCCUGCGCAGCUCUGGACAAGAAGCAGAAGAACUUUGACAAGAUCCUGGCAGAGUGGAAGCAGAAGUAUGAGGAAACACAGGCUGAGCUGGAAGCUUCCCAGAAGGAGUCUCGCUCUCUCAGCACGGAACUCUUUAAGAUGAAGAAUGCCUAUGAGGAGUCCCUGGACCACCUGGAAACGCUGAAGCGUGAGAACAAGAACUUGCAGCAGGAGAUUUCUGACCUCACGGAGCAGAUUGCAGAGGGAGGAAAGGCGAUCCACGAGCUGGAGAAAGUCAAGAAGCAGAUUGAGCAGGAGAAAUCUGAAAUCCAAGCCUCCCUAGAGGAAGCUGAGGCCUCCCUAGAACAUGAAGAGGGGAAAAUCCUGCGCCUCCAACUGGAGCUCAACCAGGUCAAGUCUGAGAUUGACAGGAAGAUAGCAGAGAAAGAUGAGGAAAUCGACCAGCUGAAGAGAAAUCACCUCAGAAUUGUGGAGUCCAUGCAAAGCACCCUGGAUGCUGAGAUCAGGAGCAGGAAUGAAGCCCUGCGGCUGAAGAAGAAGAUGGAGGGAGACCUGAAUGAAAUGGAGAUCCAGCUGAGCCAUGCCAACCGUGUGGCUGCAGAGGCACAAAAGAACCUGAGAAACACACAGGCAGUGCUCAAGGAUACUCAAAUACACUUGGACGAUGCUCUCAGGACGCAGGAAGACCUGAAGGAACAGGUGGCCAUGGUGGAGCGCAGAGCAAACCUUUUACAGGCUGAAGUUGAGGAGCUGCGGGCAGCCCUGGAGCAGACGGAGCGGUCAAGGAAAGUGGCUGAGCAGGAGCUUCUGGAUGCAAGCGAGCGUGUGCAGCUCCUCCAUACCCAGAACACCAGCUUGAUCAACACCAAGAAGAAGCUGGAAACAGACAUCGUGCAAAUUCAGGGUGAAAUGGAGGAGACAAUCCAGGAAGCCCGCAAUGCUGAAGAGAAGGCCAAGAAGGCCAUCACAGAUGCGGCCAUGAUGGCGGAAGAGCUGAAGAAGGAACAGGACACCAGUGCCCACCUAGAGAGAAUGAAGAAGAACCUGGACAUGACGGUGAAAGACCUGCAGCACCGUCUGGAUGAGGCUGAGCAGCUGGCACUGAAGGGAGGCAAGAAGCAAAUCCAGAAGCUGGAGGCCAGGGUGCGGGAGCUGGAAGGGGAGGUAGAUGCUGAGCAGAAGCGCAGUGCUGAAGCCGUGAAGGGUGUGCGCAAGUACGAGAGGAGGGUGAAGGAGCUGACCUACCAGUCUGAGGAAGACCGGAAGAACAUCCUCAGGCUCCAGGAUCUGGUGGACAAGCUGCAGAUGAAGGUGAAAUCCUACAAGAGACAAGCUGAGGAGGCUGAGGAGCUGUCCAAUGUCAACCUCUCCAAAUUCCGCAAGAUCCAGCACGAGCUGGAAGAAGCCGAGGAGCGGGCCGACAUUGCAGAGUCGCAGGUCAACAAGCUCCGAGCGAAGAGCCGGGAGUUUCAUGGCAAGAAGAUAGAAGAGGAAGAGUGA